GCGAGAGAACGACUUUGGUUUUUCACUUUCUAUUUUUUCUUUUUCUCUCUCUCUCGUUUUCUCGACCCCUUCAAUACAGUCUCCUCCAAUUCAGCCUUCGUAGCCAUGAAAGCUCUUCUUCCUUGAACGCAGGUUUGCUUCUUCACGUGGGUCUGGGUUGGUUCUUCUUCUACCAUGGAGGUGGACACAGUUCAAGGUAAUGACCUUGUGAAUGGCAUUGAGGCGCACACAGAUGAACAAUCACUUUCGCCUGAAGGUUCUGAUGUUUAUGAUGCUUAUGUCGAUCAAGACAUAUUUCCUCGAGUGGGUGAGCAGUACCAGGUUGAAAUCCCACCUUUAAUGUCACAAUCUGAUUACUGCCGGUUACAAAAGAACAUAAAUGAGGCAGAGACCACCGCAGCUUCCCCCCAUGAUUUUUCAGUAGGAUUACCUAUUCUGAUAACUUGGAUUAAUGAUGAAGUAGGGAAGAAAAGGCAUACAGUGCUUGGCAAUGUUUGCAAGUCAGGUGGAAUUGCUGAUAAAUUGGGGUUCUCAAAACUAAAAUGCAACAAAAAGAGCCAGAAUUCUUUGUACACUAAUGAAUCAAAUUCUAAGCAUGAGGUCAUUAUGGGAGAAUCUGCAAAUUUGAAUGUGCAGCAAGAAACAAUGGUUGAGGCGCAUGAGAACAAUAAAGGCAAAGGCUUCUGUCUUGUUCCUGGGUCUUCAACUGACAUCUGGAAUGAAAAAGAAGAGGCCAGGCUCAUUCUCAGCUUGUACGUAUUUGGUAAAAAUCUGGUUCUGGUGAAAAAACUUAUGGGCAAUAAGAAGAUGAGGGACAUAUUGUCAUUCUAUUAUGGGAAAUUUUACAAGUCUGAGAAAUACCGUAGAUGGUCAGAAUGUAGGAAAAUGAGAAGCAGAAAAUGCAUUUAUGGGCAGAAAAUUUUUACUGGACCAAGGCAACAAGAACUGCUAUCUCGUUUGCUACCCAAUUUAUCAGAGGAAUGCAGCAAAAGCUUACAUGAGGUGUCAAAGACAUUUACAGAGGGCAAAAUGCUUCUAGAAGACUAUGUUUUAACUUUGAAGGCUUUGGUUGGGCUUGAUGCUCUAGUUGAGGCUGUAGCGAUUGGUAAAGGAAAGGAAGAUCUCACAGUUUUCACCACAGAUUCUUCAAAGUCCACUCACACAUUUCCUGCCCGCCCAGAAAUACCAGUUGGCAAGGCAUGCUCAAUGCUUACGCCUGCAGAAAUAAUAACUUUUCUAACAGGUGAUUUUAGAUUAAGUAAAGCUCGAUCAAGUGAUCUCUUCUGGGAAGCUGUUUGGCCUCGUUUACUUGCCAGAGGAUGGCACUCUGAGCAACCUGGUAGUCAUAGUUAUGCUCUCCCAUCUAAGAACUCUCUGGUCUUUCUUGUCCCUGGAGUCAAAAGGUAUACAAGGAAACUGGUGAAGGGAAAUCACUAUUUCGACUCUGUCAGUGAUGUCCUGGUCAAAGUUGCUUCAGAUCCAGAGCUGAUAGAGCUUGAGUCAGUAACUGACAAUAAUUGCAAAAGCGUGGAAGGAAAUGGGUGGACAAACGAAACAAAAUUGGACCGUGAAAAUUCCCCUGAACAGCAACGCCACUGUUAUCUCAAGCCAAGAACUCCAAAUCGUAGCUUGGAUGUAAUGAAGUUCACUGUAGUGGACACAAGUCUGGCCAGUGAAAAGAUGUCAAAGGUGAGAGAAAUGAGAAGCUUACCAGUUGGAAUUUUAGCUUCUGCAUCUGAAAAUGAUUCCGACAGUGAAGAUACCUCAGAGGAGCAUACAAACGAAUCUGAAUGCGUCAAUACCGUAUGCUGUGAUUGGAAGAAUGCUGAUGUGAUUAAAGCUACCAAAGGUAACAUUGGUAGGGAAGUCUCUACUGAAAUCAACGACUUCAAAAAUGACCCCUCAAGUGAGGAGCUUCAAGUUGGUGCUGCUAGUUUGUAUGUUACCUCCAAGGACCGUAACACAGAUUUGUUUAGCAGCACACACAGAAAAAACUCAAUGAAAUUCCAAUCAAGCUCGAGACUGGUACCGGAUGACAAAAAUGUUAUUGCCCCUGUUGCAAAAAGACGAAGGAGAUUAAGUGCCUGUAGCCAUGCAGAGAGAACUUGCAAUGUUGCCAAUGUCUUCGUGGCUCCCAGAGUAAAACAAGAAGAGGCCAUUUGCUGUUGUGACAGUUCAAAUUCUAACAAGAUUGUUUUUCCAGGAGAAAGUCCACCGGUGGAGAAAAAAGAGAUUGCUGAUCCUCCGCCCCACGAGAUCAAGAUUUUUGCAGAUCCUUCGUUAAAUGCCAGUCAAAUCAAAAGUGGGGAAGCUGUGCCUGAAAGUAGCUCCUCUUGUCAUGAUGAUCAACAUGAGAAACCCUGGAAGCGGAUGAUUGACCUUAACUUGCCUGUUCCACCAGAAGUUGAGGUUGAUGAACUUUGCAAUUCUGAAAUGACUGGGAGACAACAAAAUAACACGAGGGAGGAUACAGAUGAUUCCUGUGCAGCCACAAUCUCCAACCCUGAGGUUAACUCUGAGCAGCCUAACGUGAACACCCGAAGGCAGAGCACAAGAAACCGACCACUGACAGCUAAAGUGCUGGAAGCUUUUGCCUUGGGGUAUCUAGACAGAAAGGAGAAACGUAGAGGCAGGGAUUAUUUGCUAGACAGUUCAGCAUCUAGACCUUCCCGACGCGUGCGUGGUAAGAAGACGGGUGAGACUUCUAGCAGCAGUGGAGCAAAUUUCCACAAGGAGGAAGCAUCAAACGUUGUGUGUAAUGGUAAUGGAGAUGUGAUUUUAACAGGCUUCAAGUCUAAUGAAGGAUGAACAGGCUGGACUCAGCAUGAGAAUAUCUCUACAACAGAUUUUGCCCUGGAAGAAUUAUAAUCACUUACUCCCAAUAACGUCAUGGCACAUGACAUGAAAGAAGUCUUUUCAGAAUUUAUUUGGUAUAGAACAUACGUGACCAUAGAUACAAACGUGAAACAAAAGGGGGGAAGACCAUGGGUCUCAAAUCUGUGUCAGAGACUGCUUACACAAGAGGCUCCUUCAGCUGCAAGGUACUUGAAAAGCCGAGAUAAAAGGAAAUACAAUACUUGUGGUCUUUCCAGUUCUGAGCUUGAAAGCAUAAUAAUAAAAAAAAUGUCUUCCAAAGUUUUAAGUUGUCUCAUUUCUUAGUUUCAAUUCCUGUCCCCAAUCUCAAUUCCAUGCCCUGUUAUGAAUAUAAUGCAUAGCAAUUCCAUGCAGAUUAUGAAUGUAGUUGUGUCUUUGUCUGAGAAAAUAUGCUGGACAAUGAGGUGUUUUAUGAUUAUUGAAUUCUGUGAAUAUCGACAUGGAAAAUGAGAGAGGAGCAGUUAGCAGUUAGCGCCA